GCGCGCGGCUCCCGGAAAGGAGCGGAAGCUUCUGGCAGGGCACCCCGGGCCGCGUCGUGAGCUCGCCGCCGUGGUCCUGAUGCUGUCCGCUCGCGGCCCCCGCUUCCCGGGCGCUCCCGCCUGCCGAGCAGGUGGGCUUUAACUCGGUGACGACUCCAGUGUGGUUUCUGUAGUUGUGUGUGGGAGAGCUGACUCUUCCAACGCUGUCUGCUUGCUGGCCUUUCGAUAUGGGGAGGAUUGGCAUUUCCUGUCUGUUUCCGGCUUCUUGGCAUUUUAGCAUCUCUCCAGUGGGAUGUCCUCGAAUUCUGAAUACCAAUUUGCGCCAGAUUAUUGUCCUCAGCCUUCUGGCAGCUGCUGUUUCUCUUUUAUACUUCUCUGUUGUCAUAAUCCGAAAUAAGUAUGGGUGGCUAACCAGAGACAAGAAAUUUCAAAGGUACUUGGCACGAGUUACUGAUGUUGAAGCUACAGACACUAAUAACCCCAAUGUGAACUAUGGUAUUGUGGUGGACUGUGGAAGCAGUGGGUCUCGGAUAUUUGUCUAUUGCUGGCCAAGGCAUAAUGGCAAUCCUCAUGAUCUUUUGGAUAUCAGACAAAUGAGGGACAAAAACCGAAAGCCUGUGGUCAUGAAAAUAAAACCUGGCAUUUCAGAGUUUGCUACUUCUCCGGAAAAAGUCAGUGACUACAUUUCUCCACUCUUGAGCUUCGCUGCAGAGCAUGUGCCGCGGGCCAAGCACAAAGAGACACCGCUCUACAUUCUCUGCACAGCAGGGAUGAGAGUCCUUCCCGAAAGCCAGCAGAAAGCCAUCUUGGAGGACCUCCUAACCGACAUCCCUGUGCGCUUCGACUUUCUGUUCUCUGACUCUCACGCAGAAGUCAUUUCAGGGAAGCAAGAAGGUGUGUAUGCUUGGAUUGGCAUCAAUUUUGUCCUUGGACGGUUUGAGCAUAUUGAAGAUGAUGACGAGGCAGUUGUGGAAGUUAACAUUCCUGGUAGUGAAAGCAGUGAAGCCAUUAUUCGGAAAAGAACAGCCGGUAUUCUUGACAUGGGAGGCGUGUCAACUCAGAUAGCAUAUGAAGUUCCCAAAACUGUAAGCUUUGCCUCCUCACAGCAGGAGGAAGUAGCUAAAAACUUGUUAGCCGAAUUUAACUUGGGAUGUGAUGUUCACCAAACUGAGCACGUGUACCGGGUCUAUGUGGCCACAUUUCUUGGAUUUGGUGGCAAUGCUGCUCGGCAGAGAUACGAAGACAGAAUAUUUGCCAACACAAUUCAAAAGAACAGGCUCCUGGGUAAACAGACUGGUUUGACUCCUGACACUCCAUACCUGGACCCCUGCUUGCCCCUAGACAUUAAAGAUGAAAUCCAGCAAAAUGGGCAGACCAUGUACCUCCGGGGGACUGGAGACUUUGACCUGUGUCGAGAGACUAUCCAGCCUUUCAUGAAUAAAACAAACGAGACACAAACUUCCCUCAAUGGGGUCUACCAGCCCCCGAUUCACUUCCAGAACAGUGAAUUCUAUGGCUUUUCUGAAUUCUACUAUUGCACCGAGGAUGUGUUACGCAUGGGGGGAGACUACAAUGCUGCUAAAUUUACUAAAGCUGCCAAGGAUUAUUGUGCGACAAAGUGGUCCAUCUUGCGGGAACGCUUUGACCGAGGACUGUACGCGUCUCAUGCUGACCUCCACAGGCUUAAGUACCAGUGUUUCAAAUCAGCCUGGAUGUUUGAGGUGUUCCAUAGUGGCUUCUCAUUUCCUAUCAACUAUAAAAGCCUGAAGACUGCGUUGCAGGUUUAUGACAAGGAGGUACAAUGGACCCUGGGGGCCAUCCUGUACAGGACCCGGUUUUUGCCAUUAAGAGACAUCCAGCAGGAGGCCUUCCGGGCCAGUCAUGCCCACUGGCGAGGUGUCUCCUUUGUCUACAACCACUACCUGUUCUCUGGCUGCUUCCUGGUGGUCCUGCUCUCCAUCCUGCUCUACCUGCUGCGGCUGCGGCGUAUCCAUCGGCGCCCACCGCACAGUGGCUCUGCGGCUGCGCUCUGGAUGGAGGAAGGCCUUCCACCCCAGAAGCUCGCUGGCACCUUAUGAAUUGGAGUUGGUUCCAGGAAGACUUUAUAAAGGAAAAGCCAUUUUUGCCUCA